ACGCAUUUCCCGUGAUAACACCAGUUCUGAGAAAAUAGUUUGUAUGCAUGUCUGAAUCCGCAUUUUUUUAACUAGUUUUAAGCUUCAACAUCGUGUGCAAAUUAUACAAUGUCUACCGUAUCAACUCCUGCACCGGCGACACAAAUCCUGCAAUCAAGUAUAACCUUCACCAGUAAACUUUACCAAAUUUUAGCAAAGAAGCAUGGGAAUGUGUUCUUUUCGCCGAUUAGCUUACAUGCUGCCCUGGCAAUGGUGUAUAUAGGAGCCCAAGAAGCAACAGCGACAAUUUUAGAAGAAGUUCUUCAGUUUCCAGGAAAGGCAUCUACAGCGUCGGGUUAUAGAUGGAUUUUAAACCACUUGAGAACUACUAACGAAGUGAAUUUGCACAUUGUCAAUAAAAUGAAUACCAGAGGAAAACAAAUCUUUCUUGAAGAAUUUAGCAAAAGUAUGCAACAAUAUUUUGGUUCAGAGGUGGUAAAUUUGGGUUUUAGAAGUAACAGUGAAGUGGUGAAACAAAUCAACGAAUGGGAAAAGCUUAUUGACAAGGAAGUGUUGAACGAAAAUACAGUUUUGUUUGUGUUAAGUACUUUUUAUUUUAAAGCACCGUGGAAUCACAGCUUUAAGGAAGAUGAAACUGUGCUUCAUCCCUUUUAUCUGGAUAAUGACGAAGUAGUGGAAGUACAAAUGAUGCGAGGAGGAAAGCGCGGGUUUUAUAAAGACGACGUCAAACUAAAAUGUCAGAUACUGUUUAUACCCUACAAGGAACGAUGGAUCGAAAUGGGAAUUAUCCUGCCUUGGGAAAAAAACGGGAUUAAAGACCUGGAAGCUAAACUAGCAACUGUUAAUUUUGCCGACGUAAUUGUAAAAAAUUUAACAGAAGAAAACCUGGAUAUCUCCUUGCCUAAAUUUAAGUUUGAAUAUUCUUCUGAUUUGGUCGACUCUUUCAAAGAAAUGGGUCUCGAGAUCCUUUUUGACAAGAAAGCUAACUUAGACGGAGUUAUUAAAACUGAAAAUGGAGUGUCGUUAUCAGUGGUCCAUAAAUGUUUCACUGAAGUCACCGAAGAAGGGAUGGAAGCAGAAGAAAUUAAAGCGAGGUCAAUCAAAAAGGGAAAAUGUCGCGUAAUAAUACCUUUAACUGCUUUCGUGGUAGAUCAUCCUGCCAUCUUCGUCCUUGUAGAAGGCAGAACUGAAAAUAUGAACAUAUUAUACUGCGGAAGACUUUCUAACCCAAGUAGUGAGUCUGAAAAAUUUCCACAAUGAAUAAUGUAGAUUUUUCAUCGUG